GACGUUCGCGUUCGCAGUAUUGCCAGAUUUUGUACAGUCAGUAGCAUAACAAUUUAUAAUGGUUAUAUUGGAUUAGUGUUUGUUAGUAUAAUUCUUAAUUGGUAAGAACGAUGGCUUCCUUGGUUGCGGAUUAUGGAACUUCCUCGAGUUCGGAAAGCAGCGGAGAUAUUUCGGAUGGUGCCGAUAACAGUUUUAAGGAAGAGGAAGAAGAGGAUGACGAGGAAGAGGAAAACAACGAGAACAGUGAGGUGAAUAAAUCAUCUUCCAAAGAGAAGCUUCCAUUACCAACUCCAGAUUUUAAUGGGUUGCCCACUAUGAAAACUUCAGUCUUCUCAAAUCCAUUUGUCGAGGCAGAGAAGGCGAAGAGUGCAAUUCUUGAGAAACAUGUAAAAAUGACUCCUACCCUUGAUGAUACAAAAAUGAUAAAUGGCAGAAAGAUCUGCUGGAACUACAGAAAGGGUAGAUGCAGGUUUGGACAUAAUUGCACCUUUGCACACGACUCUGAUUUACAUCGCACAGUAGCUGAAUUAGAAGCAAUUCGAACACCACAAGAAACAGUUAUUUGCCAGACCCAGUAUAACGGUCAAGUAGCUAUUAACGAUGAUGAUGAGAUCGAUCAAGAAAAUAACCAAAUGAAUAAGCGUAAAAAGAGGCCAGGAUUAAGUCAAUCCUUGAUACCUAGUAAGAAAGUCCUAAAAAUGUACAAAGCACAACAAGCUAAAGCUAUUAGUAGGUAAACGCAACUGUGUCAAGCAUAGAAAUAAUAUUUACUUAUAGUUAGCUGAUGCUUUGAAAGAGAAACAAUGUAUAAUUUAUACACGUGCUAUAUAAUUUAAAUGAAUUCAUACAACUGGAAUUGAAGUUGGAUGAGAAAUGAUAAUCAAAAAACAUAAAGUUUAUAAACGAAAUGCAAUAUCAGUUCUUCGUACGACAGAGAAAAUUAAAAUGAACAUAUGCUUCCAAUAUAAACGAGUAUGAUAAGUGUGGAUCGUGCUUAUUUUGAAAUCAAUUGAAAGUUUCAGGAUUAUUUAAAUAUCGUCAAAUAUUUAUAAAAGAACUGUUUGUUAUGUAUAUAAAGGAUAGAGUUUAAUUAUAUAAUUAAUACUUCCAGGGACCUGCGUAUACGGAUCAUAAUUCAUUACGUCUUGCAUGCAUAUAGCUUUGUAAGUGUAUUAACUUGUCCAAGAAAACUGAACACGUCUUCUCGAUAUAAUACAUGCAUCGAUAUUUUGUUAUGCAAUUUAAUUAUCCAUAUUUCUCUCUUUUAUUAAAAAAAAGGGAGCAACUAUUCGAAAGUUUUUCCGUAUUAAACUCCGAUGUAAUCGUAAAUAUAUAUAUUUGGCGCAUAUACUAUUUAAUUGAAACGUAAGAAGUAUAACGGCAACUUUGAUAAACAUUUUUAGAUACUGUACAGAAUAAGAAAUAUGUAUCGUCCAUGUAAAAGUCAUAUAUGUAAAAAAAAAACGAUUAUGUACAAUAUUGUUGAUACUUCUUCUCUCGAUGAAAUUAAUUAAUCCAAUGUCUAACUUAGAUCUAUUAAUAAUACCAAAAGAAAAUCAAUUACGCUUCCACUAUGCAUUACAUUUUACAUAAUGUUAUGUAAAAUAAGCGCUUAUACAUAUUAUACAAGUGGAAAAGAAGUAUUAUCUUUACUAAUUUUUUAAUGUAAUCGUCUAUGUAGCUUCCCUUUUAUGUGAUCUACUUAGCUAAGUAUUUUUAUUAUUUAAUGAAAGUUUUCCUUCAAUUAUGUAUCUUCUUCCUAUGUAAUCCACGUUUUAUUAAAUACCACCAAUAAUCGAAUAUGGGAACACGCUAAAUCGAAAAUGUUACGGUAUAAAUCUAUCGAAUGAUCACGUAAAUUUGUAAACAUUUUUUUAUUUUAUGUAGCGAUCAUAUUAAGAAAGAGAAUUUUAAAAAAAUACUAAUAAAUC